UUUCAUUUAUUUUUUUUAAAAAAAGAAAAAAAAAACUUCUGGGGUGUGGUUCUUUCUUCUAUAUAUAUAGCUGGGCAUUUAGCUAGGCCUUUCCUAGGGUAGACACCCGAAUCCUGCUCCAAAGAUUAGCUGAGUACUCACGUGACGACAUAUUUACCAAACGAGCCAAUAUAUAUUAUAUAUCUCAAGCUAUAUAGCUUCUUCAUCUUUCUAUAAAUAUAUUUAUAUUUCUAUAUGUAUAUAUAAGAGUUUUAUCCAAGUAAAACCCAGUUGAGAAUUUCAGGUUUAGGUUUUUGAGAUGGACUAUUUUCCUAGUACUACUACUACAACUCAGUACUCUAGCUCAUCUAGAUCGUUUGGUGGUUCAAACAAGACCACGAAGAAGAAGGGUAAUAAUGGAAACAGUAUUAAUAGUACUAACAGGAGAACAGGUAGUGGUAAAGUCGGAGGCGGAGGCGGCGGCGGCGGAGUGAAGCUCUCUACGGACCCUCAAAGCGUGGCAGCUCGAGAAAGGAGGCACCGGAUCAGUGACCGGUUCAAGAUCUUACAGAGCUUGGUCCCCGGCGGAGCUAAGAUGGACACUGUUUCCAUGCUCGAAGAGGCCAUCCACUACGUCAAGUUUCUCAAGACCCAGAUAUGGCUUCACCAAACCAUGAUCAACUACGUUGACGACGUCGACGACCCCACCGCUGCUUCCAUGUACCUCACUCCACCUGAUCCUAACCAUCACGAUUAUUCUACUCUGCUACCUUGUCACCACCAUCAUCAUCAUCUUUAUGAAACUCCACAGAAUGAUUAUUCUGGGUCGACGAGCAUGGUUCCUCAAACUCAUCAUGAUCAUAAUCAUCAAAAUCAAGUAGUGCUACCGCCCACGAUGCCGUACACUCAAGAUUCUAGCUUCCAGAACCAAGAUACGAUGUCGUUUAAUGAUUUUAUUAAUUACUAGUACGUUGGUAAAAACUAUAUAAAUAUUUGUUGUGAUAUGAGGUUAUAAUUAAUGUUUUGGUACAAGUAUAUUCACGCGUCUUGGGAAUUAAUUAAAGUAGUUCUAGGCUUUC